AUGGCAUCCUUGCUCAUCUUUCUCUUCAUCCUUCUUGUCUCGUUUUCUUCUGCUCUUACAUCUUCUACUCCUUCGUUUCUCGAUGCCUUGGACAUCCUCUCAUCAUCUGGGUAUCUCUCUAUGGCACUAACCCUUCAAAUCACAUCUAAAUCGUUCAAUCUUGAUUCAUCGGCUACAACCAUCUUCGCUCCCUGUGACUCUGCGUUUCUAAGAUCUGGGCAACCUUCCAUUCAUGAACUCCAAUAUCACAUCUCACCAGUGAGACUCACCAUGGAUGGCCUCAACGCUCUUCCUGUUGGUACAAAAAUACCCACGCUAUUGCCAAAUCAAUCCUUGAUUGUCACUUCCUCUUCCUCGACUUUUAAUCCCAAGUUGUCCAUUAAUGGUGUUUCGAUUCAAGAAUUGGCCAUUCUUGAUAAUGGGUCUACGGUGAUAUAUGGGAUCAAUCAGUUCUUUAACUAUUCUUCCGAGAUUUCUCUUAAUUUGGCACCAGCAACGAGUCCUAGUUCAAUUACUGAGAAAGGGUCAUCUGUGCUUGGCGUUGAUUCUUUUGGUCCCGCAUCGGAUUUUCUAAUGUCUAGAGGUUAUUCAAUAAUGGCCACAUUUCUUGAUUUGCAGCUGUUCGGGUUUAUGAAUCAAACCAUGUUGACAAUUUUCACUCCAGUUGAUGAAGCGAUUGAAGAAUAUGCGAAGAAUGUUAGUGAUUACUCGUUGGUAUUUCGAGGACAUGUUCUUCCUGGUCUGUUUUCAUGGCAGGAUUUGGUUGGAUUAAGAGAUGGAACAAGCUUGCAAACUUUUUCAGGAGGGUUGAUGAUUAAUGUUUCUAGGUCUGGUGAUGUGCUUGUUCUAAAUGGGGUUUUAGUUAUUUUUCCAGACAUGUACUAUAGUGAGAGGCUGAUUAUGCAUGGCCUUAUGGGGUUGCUUAUUUCAACACCAAAGGAGGAGACGUUAGGAGAUUCUUUCUCAGCACUUAAUGGAGAAGAUAAUCUUAAUCAACCUGAUUAUGGUGCAGAUAAUGCUCUAUGA